GCCAAGGCGGAGGCGCGGGCGCGGGGGCGCUACAGCGAUUCCGGCGAGCGGCGGUCGUGGCCGUGAAUCUCCGGAGAAUGCCGCUGCGAUGAUCCGCGCAGCGGCGCCUUGAUCGCCUCCCGGGCGUGCGAAGAUCGCUGUGCAUUGUCGAGCGAUUCAGGGAAAACGCCUUCCAAAUGGGGAAGAAGAAGUGGUUCUCUGCCGUGAAAAAAGCAUUUGGAUCGCCCUCCAAAAAUGAAAAGGAGAAAACCGACACCUCGUCCGUCAAGGAGUCGGAAAAAUUAGAUAACAAUAAUAGAAAACAGAUCCAGGAUGAAAACCAACACCAAAAAAAAUGGAAUGGUGCAACGGAUGAUAAUUCGGUACUUCAAACCGAAGACGAGCAAAGCAAGCAUGCGAUGGCUGUUGCUGUUGCUACUGCUGCGGCGGCCGAGGCUGCUGUUGCUGCUGCUCAGGCGGCCGCUGCUGUCGUUCGACUUACUGGUGGACGACCUUCUGUCCAUGGUGGAAAACCGAAAGAGGAGUGGGCCGCUGUGAAGAUCCAGACUGCCUUUCGAGGAUAUCUGGCUCGACGUGCACUGCGUGCCUUGAGAGGUCUGGUAAGGCUACAAGCUUUGGUUCGCGGGCAUGCCGUCCGUCGUCAGGCAACUAUGACGUUACGAUGCAUGCAAGCUCUUGUGCGCGUCCAAGCUCGGGUACGUGCAAGAAGAGUCAGGAUGGCGGAAGAAUCUCAAACUCUGAAGAAUCAAGUUUGGCAAAAGCGACUCGAGGAACAAGAAGCGCUUCCUGACGUUGAGACGAGUGUGGAAGUUUGGGAUCACAGCGUGAAGACUGCCGAGGAAAUUCAAGCUAAGAUGCAAAGCAAACAGGAAGCUGCCAUGAAAAGAGAGAGAGCUCUGGCCUACGCUUUUUCUCACCAACUGUGGAGAUCGGAACCAAAAGAUGCUUCUGCGAUGUAUCUGGAUGGCGAUCCAGAAAAGUCACACUGGGGAUGGAGCUGGUUAGAGCGGUGGAUGACUGCUCGGCCGUGGGAGGGCCGUGCUAUGGAGAAAGAUGCUCCCGAUGGCUUCUCUCUAAAGAGCACCGAGGACGUGGUAACUAAAAUACUAGAGGUUGAUUCCGGGCGGUUUAGUUCAAGCGGCAGGCGGAAGCAGGAAAACGAGCUGAAUAGUCCCAGUCUCACGAACAAAAGCAACGGCAACCACACACCAUCCGCGAGAGGAAUGCUUCACUCGGCCAGUCCGAGAAGUACGCGUUUGGUCGACGACAGGACGCCCCGAAGUACAAUAAACAAUAGCUUGUCAGCUAUUGCUGUGAAACAUCCCAACAAUUCAAGCAUUUCAAGUUCAGUGAGGGAUGACGAGAGCCUUGCGAGCUAUCCUUCGGUUCCAAGCUACAUGGCACCGACAGAAUCCACAAGAGCUCGGUCCCGCUCCAGCAGUACUCCCAAGCAAAGGCCUGCAACUCCAGACAAAGAUGCAGCGAAGAAAAGACUCUCAUAUCCUUUGGCUGACGGCGUUGUUCCAAACUCCGGACCUUUACGUUCUUCCAGGAACAGCGGAAUCACGCAGAAGAGUCCGGGACUAAAAGGCAAGCCGGGGACAGGGAUGUCUCUUCAGGAUAGCAUCGGCUCGGAUGCUCCACUGCUGGGAGAGCACACGAAACGUUUUAGAUGAAGAAGAAAAAGAAAAAAAUGACGCGGUAGUGCUCGAGGUGAUGCAGCCAGGAAUAAAGUCUUGGGCUUGCGGAGGUGAAUGCCGAGAUUGGGAAAUGUUUACUGUAAAGCUUCUGCUUUCUUUUACUGCUUUCCUAUUUUGCUAACAGUGUGCAAUUGUCAUUUGUUCUUACCUUCGCUUUCUUACUUACCUCAGGUGACUAGAAGUGCUUGAACAAUGGACGGUUUAAAGCCUCCAGAAAUUGAGCUGCUUCUUUGGCGAUGUGCUAGACUUUGGAAAAGGUCGGAAGAGCUCGCGACCACCUCUGUAGCACCUGGUGUCUGCUAUCUGGACGGGAGAAGCAACGGAAAACUUUGAUGGACUGGAAAGUUUGGGAAGCUUCUGACGUCCAGGACUCAGGAUAGGAAGCAAGUGAUCAUCCACCGACCCAGCCGAGAGUUGAGAGCUUCUGGACAAGGCGUCGUUGUUGCUGCUGCUGACGAAAGACAACAUUCCGGAGCUCCCGGCGUUGUGAUAUGACACGACUUGUUUCCUUGGAGCGUCCCUGGACUUUGGAGAAGGGAACUGGAAGAGUUUUGCUCCCUUCGAUCUGGAGUUUCUCAGAGAGCUGGAUCUUCCCAGUGCGUCCUUGCAGCUUGUUUUGAUGACACCGGGACUACGUUCUGUACAUGAUCCCGACUUUGUCACUGCUGAGGCGCAGCGAGCUUGAUUGUUUUGGAGCUUUCCUGGUGGAGCUGGAGCUCUUUCUCCAUAAGUGAGACGAUGGUCCCCUUGGCUCCAAUUGCAACUGGUCCAGCCUUGUCGUCGAUGGAGCUCUCCAUAAUGUUCCCACACAAAAGAUACGCUUCUCUCAGCUUCUUCCACUGCUCAACUUACCGUGAGUUCCUUUCCAGUUUUUCCUGUGGAUCCCCCGCUGUUGCCAGGUUUGCCCCGGCAUCUACUGCUGUCUAUUCCGCGGAGUGAAGAGCAGGGAGGAAACUUUCAACCAGCGGAAUAAUGGUGUCACAGGAAGAACACUCUCGGCAGCAAAGCAACACACUCAGCAGCAAUCAAGUCCAUGAUAGUGGAAGUAAAUGCGGAGCUGCAAGGACACACACACUCACAAGCCACAGUUCAAGCGCUCUUUUAGCUACUGAUGACUGAGCUCUUUCCCGAAAUGCACGCCAUACCAACCAGCAACAACGAACUCUUCCGCGCUAGCCGAAAGCGAAGUGUGAGCAGAGGUCGCAGCUCUGGAGGAGGAGGAGGUGUAGAGGAAUCAAAUCACUCGCAUUGCAGGCUUAGCUUAUCGCAGCAGUGCAGGGGACAGGGUGACAGAGGCGGACAAGAAAAACAAAGCGCGCCGAGGCAAAACGAAGCACAGCGCAGCCAAGGCAAAGCGAAGCUCGAGAAAUCACAUGCAAAGCCUUUCGGCCCAGCGUGAAAGCGAGCUUUCUCCUUGUCGCUACUUGUGGCAGAUUAAGCGGAAGAUGGGAUUGAAUAGAAGCGAAGUUUUCAA